GGGGUGGUGCGAGGCGCGGGGCGGGUCGCGGCGGCCUUCGGGACCACACUAGUCUGUCUAGGUGCAGCUCCUGCAGCCGGUUGUGGCAGUCGCAGCAUGAGUGAGGCGGGCGGACUGCGGCAUCUCCGGCCCUCGCGGCCACAGGUCAUCACAGACGAUGGCCAGACCCCUGAGGCAAAGGAUGGUAGCUCCUUUACUGGUAGAGUUUUCCGAGUGACAUUCUUGAUGCUAGCUGUCUCCCUUGCUGUUUCCCUGCUUGUAGCCAUAAUGCUGCUGGAUUCUCUCAUAGAUCCACAGCCUGUCAGCUUUAAAGAACGCCCUCUUUUGCUUGGUGUUCAACCAAAUACGAAGUUACAACAAGUGGAAAGGCUAUUUGAAAAUCAACUCAUUGGGCCAGAAUCCAUAGCAAAUAUUGAGGAUGUGAUGUUUACUGGUACAGCAGAUGGCCAGGUCAUAAAAUCUGAAAAUGGUGAAAUAGAGGCAGACCAUCACGCGAUUGGUUGGGGUCAGGCCCGUGCAGACAUCCGGGCAGUGCCCAACGGGACCCUUUAUGUGGCUGACACAUACAAGGGACUAUUCGAAGUAAAUCCCUGGACGUAUGUGACAAUAUCUUGUUUCCUUCUGCAAAACUCUUACCCUUCUUUCCUCCCUUCCUUCUUCCUAUCCUUCCUUUUCUUCUUCGCUACUUCAGGUGAAGUGAAACUGUUGCUGUACUCUGACACACUCAUUGAGGGGAGGAAAAUGUCCUUUGUGAACGAUCUUACAAUAACUCGGGAUGGGAGGAAGAUUUAUUUUACGGAUUCUAGCAGUAAAUGGCAAAGAUGAGAUGAUCUGCUUCUGGUUAUGGAGGGAACGGAUGGUGGGCGCCUGCUAGAGUAUGAUAGUGAGGCCAAGGAAGUGAAGGUUUUACUGGACCAGUUGUGAUUCCAAGGAGCACAGCUUUCUCCUGGAGAGGACUUCAUCCUGGUGGCAGAGAUGACCAUGGCAAGGAUAACAAGAUUCUACGGGUCUGGCCUGAUGAAGGAAGGGGCUGACCUGUUUGUGGAGAACUUGCCUGGAUUCCCAGACAGCAUCUGGCCCAGCAGCUCUGGGGGGUACUGGGUUAGCAUGGCAGUUAUUCGCUCCAGCCCUGGGUUUUCAAUGUUGGAUUUCUUAUUCGAGAGACCUUGUAUUAAAAGAACGAUUUUUAAGCUGUUUAGUCUGGAGAUGGUAAUGAAGUUUGUGCCACGUUAUAGACUCGUCCUAAAACUCAGCGACAGUGGGGCCUUCUGGAGAAGCCUGCACAAUCCCGAUGGGCAGGUGGCCACCUACGUCAGCGAAGUGCAUGAGCAUGAUGGGCACCUAUAUGUGGGCUCUUUCAGGGCCCCCUUUCUCUGCAGACUCAACCUUCAGUCUGUUUAGUGGCCCCGACACAGCUCUGAUCACAGUUGGACCAGGAGUUGCCACACUGGAUACCACACCUGGUCCAGAAGGCACCAUGGACACAGGCCAUCCCACCUGAACUCAUUCUUGGAAGUAUGAUGUGACCCUGCGGUUGUGCAGGCCCCUGUGGGACAGCCCUCACCUGGGUUUGACUUUGCAUUUAGAGGGUAGCAUAACAUCUGCUAUUGGGAAGAUAACUUGAGUAAAGCCAUUUUCUCUUUAAAAAUCCUUUCUAAGUACAGUACUAUCUAGGACUUAGGAGGCACCAUGCACUUUCAGCAGGCCUCAGGGUUCGAUGGGUAGAGCAGUGGAUGAGCUGUCCAGGGCAUUGUUUUAGCUAUUGGUUCUGUCUUGCCAGCCUCAGUGUCAUUAUUGUAAAAUGGGAUAAUGCCUACCUUAGGGAAGGGGCACAGAAGGGUGUUUUAUUUGAUAAUUUGCUAUGGUGAGAUGCAUAUAUAGUCUUAUUAGGUUUAAAAAUGUGAUAUGCUUUUGUUGUAAACAGGAUUUGCUUUAAUGUGAGUUACUAACAUGUUUUUAGAAUUAAAUCAAGUGGUUCAUUCA